UCCCAUCCCACAAACUCACAAUCAAUUACAUCCACUGGACACACACACCAUAUCUUUCUCUUAGCUCUUUAUCCUUAAUUAUAAUCCCAGUCUACUAACUACGAUAAUGAAGGGUGCUCACACCAACCCACGUUUCUUCCUUGCAAUGACUGUCAUGCUUGCCAUGGCUGCUGCAUUGGUGCAAGCUCAGGGAACUCGAGUUGGGUUCUAUGCAAGAACAUGCCCUCGAGCUGAAUCCAUUGUUAGGUCAACAGUUCAGUCCCAUUUCCGUUCUAAUCCUAACAUUGCACCUGGCUUGCUGAGGAUGCACUUCCAUGACUGCUUUGUUCAGGGAUGUGACGCCUCCAUCCUCAUUGAUGGCCCUAAUACGGAGAAAACUGCCCCUCCAAACAGAUUGUUGAGAGGGUAUGAAGUUAUUGACGAUGCCAAAACUCAGCUCGAAGCUACAUGUCCUGGUGUCGUCUCAUGCGCUGAUAUUCUAACCCUUGCAGCUCGUGACUCCGUCUUUCUGACGAGAGGAAUAAACUGGGCGGUUCCUACUGGACGCAGAGAUGGGAGGGUUUCAUUGGCAUCGGAUACCACCAUUUUGCCUGGAUUUAGAGAGUCCAUUGAUUCUCAAAAGCAAAAGUUCGCCGCCUUUGGUCUUAACACUCAAGACCUUGUUGCUCUCGUUGGAGGACACACCAUAGGGACUUCAGCUUGCCAGCUUUUUAGCUACAGAUUAUACAACUUCACCAACGGUGGUCCAGACCCCACAAUCAACUCAGCAUUCGUGCCUCAACUGCAAGCACUUUGCCCACAAAACGGUGACGGCUCAAGGCGCAUUGAUUUGGACACUGGUAGUGGAAACAGGUUCGACACCUCCUUCUUCGCCAACUUGAGGAAUGGUCGGGGAAUACUAGAGUCCGAUCAAAAAUUGUGGACUGAUCCCUCCACCAGGACUUUUGUGCAGCGCUUCUUGGGUGAGAGAGGCUCGCGGCCUUUGAACUUUAACGUGGAAUUUGCAAGGUCCAUGGUGAAGAUGAGCAACAUUGGUGUGAAGACGGGCACUAACGGCGAAAUUCGAAGAAUUUGCUCUGCCAUUAACUAAUUUAACUGCAGUUUUAUGCAGUAAAUCGUGGGGGUGAUGGUUAUUUUCUCAAUUAGCGUAAGCUGAUGAAAAAAUCUAAAAAAUAUUUUAAGCAAUUUAAAAAAAAAAUAGUACACAUGAUUUUUUCCCUAUGUAUUUAUGCAAUGUUAGUAUUCUUGUUAAUUGUAUCAUUAUAUUUUUCAAUGGAUUUAAUAUUUGAAUUUUUGUAAUAUCU